ACAAAUGGUGGCGGAGGAGAUCCAACCAGAUGUCGUUACUUAUAACACUUUGAUUCGGGGUCGGUGCAACUUGGGGCAGUAGCAUGAGGUCCAGGUACUGUUUCAGGAGAUGGAGCAGGGGGGAAUACUUCCGAAUGUAAAUACAUUCAGUAUUUUGGUGGAUGCAUUCUGUAAAGAAGGGGAACUUUCGGAAGCAGAACGCGUCUUCAAAAUGAUGGCCCAGAAAGGUGUGGAGCCCGAUGUAGUCACAUACAAUUCAAUAAUUGAUGGCUAUUGCCUUCAUAAUCGCGUGGAUGAUGCUGCUAAGCUAUUCGGCCUGAUGCUUGAACGGAAUUAUGCUGCUAAUGUUGUCACUUAUAAUGCAUUGAUCAAUGGAUAUUGCAAGUCCAAACAAAUCGAUAAAGCAUGGCUUCUAUAUCAAGAAAUGCUAGACAAGGGUCUGAUUCCUGAUGUGGUGACGCACACUACUCUCAUCGGGGGCUUCUGCCUGGUUGGCAAUUUUCAUGCUGCAGAGCAGCUAUUUGACAAGAUGCAUGCUUAUGGGCAAUCUCCAAACGUCCAAAGUUACGCCACUAUGUUAGAUGGCUUGUGUAAAGCAAAACAAGUAGACAAGGCAAUUGCGAUGUUCCAGCAAAUGGAGAAUCAUAAGUUGGAGCCUGACAUUGUGAUUUACAAUAUCCUCAUCAAUGGUCUAUGCAAUGCAGGGAAGCUCGAACCUGCAAGAGAACUCUUUGAAGUUUUGUGUGCAAAAAAAGUGGAACCUGAUGUUGUCUCUUUCAACACAUUGAUUAAUGGAUUGUGUAAUGAAGGUCAUAUAAGCGAAGCCUUCACAUUAUUUAAUGAGAUGGAAGGAAGGGGAUGUGUCCCGAAUUCAGGCACAUACAAUGUGUUGGUUAGAGGAUUUCUUAGAAAUGGCGACAAGUUAAGUGUGGAGCAGUUGCUACGAGAAAUGAAUCAGAAAGGUCUCGCUGCAGAUGCAUCAACAGCCGAACUCUUGCUUGAUCUAUUAUCAAAUGAUGCGUCGAUUCUACAACUAGUACAUAAUAUUUAGUGAAUCUGGAUGACAUUUUUUGGGAGCAUUAC